AUGUUGGUCAAGAACUGGAUCUGGCCGCUGUUGGCGGCUUCUCAGGGCGCCCAGGCGGCGCUAGAGUACACUAACCUCUGCUCCCCUUCUCCCCUCCCACUAGAAUCCAUCAAGAAGGCCGCCGCCAUCGUCGCAAAGGACCUCCUCGAUACCUACUACAACGGCGACAAGCCCGGCUUCGUGCCCGGCAUCCUGCCCGGCCCUCCGCCCGAUGGCGACUACUACUGGUGGCAGGGCGGCGCCCUCUGGGGCACCCUGCUCGACUACUGGCACUACACGGGCGACACCCAGUUCAACCCCAUCGUCAAGCGCGCCAUGAUGUUCCAGGUCGGCGAGAACGCCGACUACAACCCGCGCAACUGGAGCGCCUCCAUGGGCAACGACGACCAGUCCUUCUGGGCCUUCUCCGCCAUGCUGGCCACCGAGCUCGGCUUCGAGGACCCCCCCAAGGACAAGCCCCAGUGGGCCGCCCUCGUCCAGGCCGUCUACAACGAGCAGACCGCCCCGGAGCGCCGCGUCACGACACCCGGCCACAACUGCGAAUGGGGCCUGCGGUGGCAGGUCUUUCCCGCCAACAACGGCUUCGACUACAUUAAUACCAUUGCCAACGGGUGCUACUUUAACAUCGCCGCCCGCCUCGCCCGGUACUUUGGCAACAUGACCUACGCCGAGAACGCCGAGAGGACGUGGAACCUCAUCACCCGCCUCAAGUACGUCGACGACCAGUACAACGUCUACGACGGCGCCCACGAGGGCGACCAGUGCACCAAGAUCAACAAGUUCCAGUUCUCAUACAACGCCGUCAUUCUGCUGCAGGGCUCUGCGUAUAUGUGGAACAUGACCCAAAAGCCCGAGUGGGAGCAGCGCAUCAACGGCCUGCUCGACAACAUCAUCAAGGUCUUCUUCCCGGACAAGGUCGCCUUCGAGGUCGCCUGCGAGCACGCCACCUGCACGACCGACAUGGAGUCCUUCAAGGGCUACCUGCACCGCUGGCUCGCCUCGACGACGCAGCUCGCGCCCUUCACGCGCGACAAGAUCAUGCCCGUGCUCAAGUCGUCGACGGCCGCCGCCGUCAAGCUGUGCACCGGCGGCGCCAACGGCCGCAUGUGCGGCUUCAAGUGGUCCACGGGCGUCUUUGACGAGACGGGCGCCAUGCAGCAGCAGAACGUCAUCGCCGCCCUCACCUCGCUGCUCGUUGGCUCGGCCAAGGGGCCCCUGACCAACUCGACCGGCGGCACCAGCGUCGGCAACCCCAACGCCGGCGUCGACACGCCCCUCACCAUCGAGCAGCGCUUCGGCAAGAUUGGCGGCGGCGACAGGGCCGGCGCCGCCAUCCUGACGAUCCUCAUCGUCGGCGCCGCGUCGGUCAUGUUCUGGUACAUGGGCACGGAUUGA